AUGAGGCGGUACGGGGAUGUUCUUGGUGCUGGCCAUGCAAUCAAGAAUCCCAUAUGGCAUCCCGCGGACUUGACUCAACUCAAGCGAUUCCUGCUUUCAUACUCUAUCCACGUCCUCGUCGCAUUUGCAGAUCACAUCAGGAGAUUUGCGCUUAAUGUCAGAAAUACCCUUGCUGGGAUUCCAACGCCCUGCCUUCCGUUAACGCCACUCCACAAGGAUGCUGAAAUUAAGCCCUACAUUACACUGACUCCUUCCAAGAACAACAAACGCAGCAGAAUUGAGGAUGAUGACGACGUCCACGAGCACUAG